GCCCGGCCCCCAAUAUAAGGCGGCGCGGGUGGAGAAAGGAGCCGUCGCGCCCGCGGUGGCGCUGGUGGUUACGCUGCGGCGCGGUGAGCAGCGACGCCGCGGCUGACGGAGCUGGAAGAUGCAGCAAGCCUGACAGUGAAGACAGAAGAAUCUCCUAAAAGAAGUCAGAACAAUCUGAAAUAUUGACCAUGUCUAUGGACCAUAGUCCCACCACUGGAGUGGUGACUGUUAUUGUUAUUUUGAUUGCUAUUGCAGCUCUUGGUGCCUUGAUACUGGGCUGCUGGUGUUACUUGCAUCUGCAGAGGAUCAGCCAGUCAGAAGAUGAGGAAAGCAUUGUAGGUGAAGGAGAAACCAAAGAGCCUUUUCUUCUGGUACAGUACUCUGCUAAAGGACCUUGUGUAGAGAGAAAAGCUAAGCUAACUCCAAAUGGCACAGAAGCACAUAGCUAACCUGGAGCAACACAUGGACGUGGACUAUGUUUAUGUGUAACCAGUAGAAGAAUCUGUAUACUGUGAAGAACCUGGUCACAUGCACACUAUUCAUCAGAAAACACCCUAAUGAGGAUUAGACAAGCUUUGUUUGCAUCUGCAUGCACUGAGAAGUUGCACUUUGCAUCAAGUCUGUAUCCGAAUUCCUGUGACAGGAGCUGACUCACCUGGCAUAAUGUCCAUUGCUGGCAAUGGACACAGGAUACACUGGUGUGAAGAGACUACUAGCAUUAUUUGUUAAUUGAAUGUUUAGCUGAGGCUAUUUUGAUGGAGUUACUACUGUAAUGUGAACUACUUUACAACUGUGAUCUGUAAAUAGGCUGUAUGAAGCUUUUUGCUUUUGUUCCACAACAUGGCAAUUACAUCAUGUUACUGUACAUAACACACAAGAAGACUCCUAAACCACAACUGUAGGUGAGAUUCCAGACCUUCAACACCACAUCUGCAGUGGAAGUGUGCUUGUGUUACUAACUUGAGUAUACAGCCAUGAACUCAGAACUCCUCUUAACAGUUUGUUGGACUGAUGCAGAAUACUUUCAAAAGUAGUAAGCCUUCAGUGACAUGAGGGAGGAAGCACAGAAGCUGCAAGAAAGGAAUUGAUUUCCUUUAGUUGUAGCUGAGUAGAUUAAGCUUUUGUCUGCUAGAACUGAGUUCUAGAAGUAUGUAGAUGGAAACUGCCAUUUGGACAUAUUCUAAACUGGAAACUAAUGAUGGAUACUGAACCCUCAGGCAUGGUCCAGAAGGUUUCCAGGAGUUUUAAAAUGGCAGUAGAGCAGGAUUUUCUCUUCUGUAGGUCUGCAUGCUGAAACUGUGUGGCUACUUAGUAAAACUGGCAAAAAUGCCACUAGUGCAGAUUUUUCCUAGAAUCCCUGGCUUCUCUACAGUUAGGAUAUAUGCCAACAGCCUGUUGUAAAAAGGCAUUUUACUCUGCAGUCAACUAUAGAAUUCAGUUAAUCCUGUAGAUAACUCUUGAUUUAACUGUAUUACUAAAAGAUAAGUUUCAGUCUUUCCUAUAAAGACAAAUGUGGACAGGAGCAAGGAAGAUUAUUAGCCAGUUGGUAUAAGUUUUUAGCUAGUGAAGGCUUUCCAGCAAAAGGACAUCUCAUUUCCGGCUCAGUGCUGUAGAGCUGGGAAUAGUAAAAAUGUGUUAAAUGUGCAGCUUUGGACCUCAGAGGUUUGGGGGAAGGGAGAGCAGAAAGAGAAUAAAUAACACUGAGCCACCAAUGCCCGCUUACAUAUUCUAGAGCUCUUGCUGUAGGCUCACACGCUUUGAGGCUGUUGACCUGGUUUUUGUGACUUUAUAAAUAGCUUCCUUUGCCUUCUGAAAUUUAUAAACAAUUGCCUAGGAGAAAAAGCUGCUGUAAAUCUGUGCCCUGAGAUCAGUUACAAAUACUGGAGUCAAAGUUCUUCAUCUCUUUGAAGCAUUAGAUUUACUGCUUGUACCUGUGCAUAUGGAAUAACCAAGUAACACAGGCUCAGCAAGCUUGCUUCAGAAUUGUAGCUCUAUGCAAGACAAUGGCCUAGACCAAGUUUUGCCCUUUCUUCUACAGUAAGAUGCUGAUGUGCAUUUUUAGUGCUACAUUUGCCUUUUAAUUGAAGGUUAUAGUUUGAAGCAGAAUUAAUCCUGUCAGUAGCAAAAAGCUCCUCCUGUUGCCUCUGAGAACAGCUGAUAGCAGGCUGUUCUUACUCUGGUACAUGCUUUUAAGAUACUAGUCUGAGACUUGCAUGUAUAGCCAGACUCAUGCACUGAACUUGCUGUGUUCUAGACCUCUUAGAAAUCAAAGAGAAAAGGAUUAAUUCAGUAAGACUUUUAGUUUUCAGUAAGGAACAGUUCACACAUGGCUCUUGCAGAUUUUUCAAGACAGUCAGAUAACUGGUAUACAAAAGUGAUGAAGUGCUGAAGUUCUAUAAUAGAAUAGUUGUAGCAAGAUGAUGUUGUCCAUUCAAGUUUACUGAUUACACAGAUGAAGUAUCUUUUAAUUCAAAGACAAUGCAGUGUAAAGGGCAAACUUCAGAAAUUUAUAUGUGGAAGUAUAAAUCAAAGGUCUGAUUUCUCUUUCAGCAGCUAUAAGAGAAAGCCAGUGAAAAAAUAACUGCUCCUGAAGUCAGAGGUGCUUCAUACUCCUGCCCCUUAAAAACCAGCAUCUUUAAUUUAAAUGGAUAGGAUUUACAAGUUAGUGCAAUAGUAAAGUGCAGAAAGUGUUUUCCAUUCUCCUCUUCUUUUUAGAUGUGGGUAUUAAGUAAUUGUUCAAGUAUACAAAAAUAUCCCAUUUGAUUUUUCUUUUCCUAGAUGAUAUAGGGGAAGAAGUCUUUUUAUUUACAAUGAAUUUCAAUAAAAUUUGCAUAAAUACCUACCCUAUACUGCAUCAUUUGACUGUGUAAGCAAUCAUACUGUCCUGUUUCCACUACUGUGCUCUGUGUUUAUGGUAUCCAUGUUAUCAAUCCUUUCUUCUUCUGAUGUGGCAGUACCUGUUGAAACUGAUACAUCAUGAUCUUCAGAAAUUGUCUGCUCUGACAGAAGAGAUUCUUUAAUUUCCUCUUCGCUUUGUAGCUUUCCUUCCCUUGAUGCCACCAGGAUUCUCAGCAAAGUAUUUGCUUUAAGGAGGUUUUCCGAUGCAUCAGCUAAUUCUUGAAGCUUUUCAGCCAUUUCUAAUAAUUCCUUAUUCUUCUGGUCAUAUGUGGCCUGUAGCUGCUCACUAUGGAGCUGCAGAGUCCUGUGCUGCUUUUCUAGUGUGUGUUUUUCCUGCUGUAGUCUGUGUUCCUCUCUCCUAGCUUCAGAAAGCUGUGCUUCAAGCUGGUCAUGGGCCUGAUGAAGUGCCCUAAUUUCUGAUCUUAACUUCUGAAUUUCUCUCUCUAGGUGGGAGAUGUGUCCUUGCUGUAGAACUGUCCCCUUAUGUAGGCAUUCUUUGGUACAGGGCUCUGAUGAAGAAAGACUUGAGUGAUGUAAAAUAAAUUUAAGGAGAUUAGGAAGGUUAACUGGAAAGUCUUCAGGGAACUUCACACUUUGCUCCUUCCUAGGAAGACAAGUUUAAUACUGUUAGGUAAGGUUGAACAGUAGAUAUUUAAGUAAACAAGUCUUUCAUCAAAAAUGGCUAAUAGAGCAGUUGGGAGAAAACUGAACUCAUGUAAUGAAAAGCACACUGUUUUCUUUCGAUUAACAUUUUAAACUGUAUUCCAGAGUGGGUGCUCUAAGAGUCUCUGCACUGGACUGCUAUUUGUGUGAUAACAAGACUGAGAUAAAAUGACUUUGUGGGAACACAGGGAAGAUGCUGAGUAUUGGAGGAAACUUCACUUACCUAAGUUGUGUUACUGCUUAAAGCCUAGCUCAAGCAGCUUUUAAAUGCCAGAAAACCCUUUUCAUCCAGUUAUACAUUACACACUGCCCCUUUGCAUGGUACAGCAAACUAGGCCCUUCUUCAGAAGUGAAGGGGAAAGUCACUUGAUUGAUUUCCAAAUAGUAUGUCGGGGCUCAAAACAAUGAUCUUAAAGCUAUCACUACAACAAUAUUUGGAAAUGAGUUUCUUCUUCCAGUCACAGAAUUUGUCACAUUAUUCCAGGGGAUGUCUAGUAGCUCUUCAGCUUAUGCUACUUAACCUAAUGAGGUAGAAGACAACAGCAUUCAACUACUACUUGUCCCAGCUGUCAGUAGCACCUCACAAGGUGCCUCAGCUCAACUAAAAUUGAGACAGUGCAUCUUCAAACCAGCAGGUCAUCUGCUUAUAGCCACUCAAGCCAGCCAAAACAAAUGACAGUUCUGCACAUUGUCUGGUAUUCAAACUCUGAGACUCAAUGGAAUCUAUAGAAUUCAACCAGUAGCUGGAUUUCAGGCAUUGCAGCUUUUCCUAAGCAGCAGAUGAAGGUAAUGCUGUCUUCAUACAGACAGGCACAUAUCCUGGAAAUAUUCCAACAGAGUUCCUGCUCAAUUAGCCUAGGGCAUAGGAAUGUGGCAGAGAGACUGAUCUGAGGCUGAUUUGCAAAGCUUACUGAACAAAGUAAGGGAGGUGAUGAGUUAGAGUGACUCAGAAUACAUGCUGAUACGUAACUGAAACUAUUUCUAUACUGAAUUUAAACCUGUGCCUUUUUUUUUUACAAUUCAAAACAUGAAUUUGAAGAUUUUGUGGCAGGUAACACACUGCAGUACAGAAGUUUGAAUUACCCCUUGCUGAUAGAGCUCUUGAGGGAGAAGACUGGAAAUCAAAGUUGUAAUUUUACAUUGCAAAGAGAGGCACAUAUUUAUUACAGCACUUGUUUGUGUUUUCUUUGCAUGAAAAACAAUUGUGUAAGACAAUGUCUUUUACCCUGGACCUACCCUUAGAGCCUUUCUCUACCUCACCCUUCUUUUCUUUCUAUUUUUCACCCAUUCAUGAACUGAUUUCCUUCCUCCAGCUCUGCUUUCUUUUAUCAUCUCAGAAAUUAUUCUCAAUCCUAAUUGUCUCCUUGAAACUACACUUCCCUGUCCUAUACUCUUAUUUCUUGGCUCAUUCUCUGAGGUCUUGCUUGGCGUAUACAGUUUCACUUCAACAGCAUGUACACCUUGUUUUACCACUAAUCUCUGGAUAGUUUCCUCUGUAGAUGAUGGAUUGCUACUGAAGCUUCAUUUGUUUUCUGUUUUCAAGAAACAAUGCAAGGCUUUGAAGUGCCAACAAAUGUACUUUUCUCCUGUGAAGAAGUCCAGCACUUGUUACUGAGUCUGAAUGAAAACAAAAAUAUUUUGGCAAUAUGCAUAAAAUCCCACGAUGUAAUUCUACAGUGUCUGUACUAUAAUAUCUACGCACAGCAGUGCUGCCUAAUUUUUUUUAUUACUACUAAAAAGAAUGCUUGUGAAAUAGUGAAGUGGCUAGUAGGUGUUUUAAGAAAGAAAAACAGGUAUUUCAAUAAUCACAGUGUUAGAUUACACAGGAAGUUCUUACAUGACAUAACUUUACUUUCAAGUAUGGUUUUCACUUGAAGAGAUUCUCAUUUCUCUGCAAAAGCCAAACCUUAGAACCAUGAGAGAAAUGCACUUGUUUGAGCAACCCACACUCCAAAGUUUCUCUGUAGUAUGAUUAAUGUAAGUGUAAUCAGAGAAAUGAGGAAGAAAUAAAAAUCCACAAAUGAGGAUCACCAUGCUAUUUCGAGAGGAUACAUAAACCCUCCUUCUGUAGUCAGAUUCUCUGCCUUCUUUUUGGUUUAAGAUAAUUGUUUUACUUUAAAAAUACAUUUUGAAAAAUCUCUGUAAUAAAA